AUGGAUUAGCAUAAACUAUAAUUUAAGGAAGAUCAAAUAAUGAAAGUAAGUAGUAUAUAGUAUACCAUGUAGCCAUUUAAAUAGGAGAGAUUUAAUAUCAAAUAAUUUUAAAGAGAUUUAGAAAUUAAUAUUCUGUCAAAAACAGAUGAGAAAAUAGUAUUUGAGAUAAUCAAUAUCGAUGCUCCGAUUGCUAAUUCUUUAAGAAGAAUAAUGAUUGCAGAAGUAAAGUGAAAUGUAAAUAGAGAUCCCUACUAUGGCAAUCCAUAAGGUUUAAGUAAUCCAAAACACCAGCGUAAUACCAGAUGAAGUAUUGGCUCACAGAUUGGGGUAUAUUAAAUGGAAAUCAUAUUAGAUUAAUUCCAAUUAUUGCCGACCCUCUGCAAUUCAUUGAAAAAGAUGAUUAAGAAGAAUAUAAUGAGUUAAACUCAAUUGAUUUUACAUUAUAUGCAAAAUGCGAGAAAAAACCAAAUAGCAAAUAGGACGAUCCAAUUGAAUAACAAUACACUAAUACAACAGUUUAUUCAAGCAGUUUAAUUUGGUAACCAAANGUCAUUAUCAUUCUCAUUACCAUAAAUGGAUCAGCUUCAUUUUUAGCUAUUUCAAAUUCCUUCCUUGCACUUUUUCUAAUGAUGUCUCUCCUUUUGAAAUAGAGUUAAGAUUAUACCAAAUCUCUCCAUUCUUAUUAGCCCAAUCAAAUUCUAUUGAAAACUUUAAUAUGUCUCUAUAUAAUCGUAAAGCUUCCUUAUUCUGAGUUUUUUUGGCUGCUGCCCCAACUUUUAGUUUGUGGAAUGGAUUAUCAAAUAUGUGGGAUAAUAUGCUUUUUUAAUUCAUUAAUUAUAAUUAUUCAUAUUGGAACUUAAUUAAUGGAUAAGUAAUCUAAAACAUUAAUCACAUUUAUUAAGUUAAGGGGAUUAUAAAGCUAAAUAAAAUCUAAUAUGGUUAAAUAGAAGAGGAUGAAAAUGAAUAAAUAAUUAUACAAAUAAUUAGACUAAAGAAUUAAUAAUACCAAUAGUAAAUGUAGAUGA